AUGCCUUCAAAAAGACGCCUCUCCCCAUUCAUUUCUUCAUCCAACUUUCUCGUUCAAGGCUAUCACUCUCGCUCCCAUCAUUUCCAGCUAGCAAAACUACUCCUUCGCUUCUCCAAGCUCUCUGUAAUCGUUUCGCCCUCAUUGUUUAGGACAAUGGCUCGUACAAAGCAGACGGCCCGUAAGUCAACAGGAGGGAAGGCUCCUCGCAAGCAGCUCGCCACCAAGGCCGCCAGGAAGUCAGCCCCCGCUACUGGCGGCGUGAAGAAACCUCAUCGCUAUCGCCCAGGAACAGUGGCUCUUCGUGAAAUUCGCAAGUACCAGAAGUCGACGGAGCUUUUGAUUCGCAAGCUUCCUUUCCAGCGGCUAGUUCGUGAAAUUGCGCAAGACUUCAAGACAGACCUGAGGUUUCAGAGCUCUGCCGUGAUGGCUCUGCAGGAGGCAGCUGAGGCUUACCUCGUCGGUCUGUUUGAAGACACCAACCUGUGCGCCAUCCAUGCGAAGCGUGUCACAAUCAUGCCCAAGGAUAUUCAACUUGCUAGGCGCAUUCGCGGCGAGCGUGCUUAG